ACGAAAACAAAUCGCGGUCUUGCGACACCUCUAUUGUUGUUGUUGUUUUUGUUGUCAUCUCGCGCCGUCCCGUUUCCCGCGCUCGACCCGCGUCGCCUCACGGUGAAACGGUGUGCGUUUGAACGGUAAACCGUUUAUUUCCGGUUUCGUUCAGCUGGAGAAGUUCACGUCGUGUUUCUCCUCCGUUACAGCCGGUAACCUGCCGGUAACGUCCCGGUAACCUGCCGGUAACUUCCCGGUAACUUCCCGGUAACGGAGCCAUGACUCAGCAGAGAGGAGUCAACAGUCUGCAGUUCAACCAGAACCAGAGCUGUUUCUGCUGCGCCAUGGAGACGGGGGUCCGGAUCUACAACGUGGAGCCGCUGAUGGAGAAAGGUCACCUGGACCAUGAGCAGGUGGGCAGUGUGGCCUCCUGCUCCAUGUUGCAUCGCUCCAACCUGCUGGCUGUCAUUGGGGGCGGAGUCAACCCCAAAUUCUCUGAAAUAUCUGUUCUGGUCUGGGACGACGCUCGAGAGUGUCGAGACCCAAAAGACAAACUGGUCCUGGAGUUCACCUUCACCAAACCAGUGCUGGCUGUUCGCAUGAGGCACGACAAGAUCAUCAUCGUCUUGAAGAACAGGAUCUACGUCUACAGUUUCCCAGAGAACCCGGUCAAACUGUUUGAGUUCGACACCAGAGACAACCCCAAAGGUUUGUGUGACUUGUGUCCGAGUCUGGAGAAACAGCUGCUGGUGUUCCCGGGUCAUAAAUGCGGCAGCUUGCAGCUGGUGGACUUGUCCAACACCAAGCCCGGCACCUCGUCGGCGCCGUUCACCGUCAACGCCCACCAGAGCGAGAUCGCCUGCGUGGCGCUGAACCAGCCGGGCAGCGUGGCGGCGUCGGCCUCGCGCAAGGGGACGCUCAUCCGCCUGUUCGACACCACCACCCGGGACAAGCUGGUGGAGCUGCGGCGGGGGACGGACGCCGCCACCCUCUACUGCAUCAACUUCAGCCACGACUCGUCCUUCCUGUGCGCCUCCAGCGACAAAGGAACCGUCCACAUCUUCGCUCUCAAGGACACCAAACUCAACCGCCGCUCCGCGCUGGCGCGUGUGGGCAAGGUGGGCCCUGUGAUUGGUCAGUACGUGGACAGCCAGUGGUCGUUGGCGAGCUUCACGGUGCCGGCUGAGUGCGCCUGCAUCUGUGCGUUUGGGAAGAACACGUCCAAGAACGUGAACUCCGUCAUCGCCAUCUGUGUGGACGGGACGUUCCACAAGUACGUGUUCACCCCCGAUGGGAACUGCAACCGGGAGGCCUUCGAUGUGUAUCUGGACAUCUGUGACGAUGACGACUUCUGAGGAGGAGCAGCAGCAGGAGGAGGAGGAGCAGCAGCAGGAGGAGGAGGAGGAGGAGGAGCAGCAGCAGGAGGAGGAGGAGGAGGAAGAACAACGCCUCUGUGGUAUUGUCGUGAUCUGGAGACAUUUUAAUCUCCAGUCUGAACAUCAACACAGUUUUUAAAUAACUUUAUUUCUAUUUCACUGUUUGUGUCCCAACUUUUCACAAUAAAAGUUUUGAUGGAGAUGCUAACGAAGCUACGCUAACAAAGUGCUGCAGGGACAAACCUCUCGUUCUUUAAGCUGCAUUCUCUCUCCCGACCACCAGGGGGAGACUCCUCUGGUUAGAGCUGGGGCUGCUUUAGGGCGGUGCAACACGGUGAUUGACAGGUCUAUACGUCACUUCCUGUUUACCGGUUACACAAAACAACCAAGAUGGCGACCGACAACACGUCCUCUUCCUCUUCAGUCCAACAGGAAGUCUUCAUCAAUCGUUUUCUCCACAAACAUGACAUUCUUCCAUAUGAAUAGAAUCUUAUUGAUUUCAUCAACAUCAUUUAAAUAAGAUAUAAAAGCAAAAUGUAGAAAUGUUGUUUUUCUUUUAUCAGACGUCUACCCCCCCCCCCCCCCAAAAUAGACAAUUUUAAUAAAAUACUUUGACUAUA